AUGGAAGUCUACGGGCCGAGCAUCAAGUUGGACCAAACCUUACCAAACGUAUCUUCAGGUUUGAACUUUACUGUAGCAAAUGUAACAGACACCAUCAUUGUCCAGAAUAACGACACCACAGAUGUGUUUAACAAGUCUGAACUCAACCAGAUGCUUUAUUUCUUGUUUGGAAAAAUAAUUUGUAGUUUUGGAAUUACGUUUAACAUUAUCAACUUGUGUGUUCUAGCCCAAAAGGAACUGAGCGAAUCACCAUACAUAUACUUGAUGGCUUUAGCGAUGUCAGAUAUGUCUUUUCUGGCCAUAUCAUUUGUUCACCUAAUGUCUUAUAGCGCUCCAAGCGUUGGCUUUGCAUAUUUCAAUAUCUAUGUUUUCUUUGUGGGAGCAAACAUUUGCUUCAAUACCAGUGUUUGGCUUAUCGUUUUCAUCACAAUUGAAAGGAUGACCUUUGUACUUUGGCCAAUGAAAGCUAAGCCAACAAGGAGGAAAGCGCUGAUUGCAAUAACUUGCAUAUUCAUAUUCUGUGCUAUAAUCAAUAUUCCGAGAGCGUUCUGUUAUGAAAUAGUAGUCUCACCGAAUGGAAAAUUUGGAACAAAGGGACGCCCAUUUCGAGAAAGCGAGCGAUUUUACGCCCUCAGUUGGUUCCACUCAGUAAUAAUAAAUUUCGUCCCGAACCUAAUUCUCAUUGUAACAAACUCUGUCCUUAUCCAUGCGCUACGGAGAGCCUCCAAAGAUCGCCUUCGUCUGCAAUGCAACCAAGCGGAAGCGGCUCGUCGUGAUCAAAGUCGCCUCACGAGAAUGCUAAUAAUCAUAGUCAUCAUGUUCUUCAUUUGUACCAUCCCUUCCGCGUUUUCCGACGAUCCUAUUGGCUACGCGUUAUUUGGCAAGAGGAAGGGACAGACAUGGACGCAGUAUGUGAAUUCCCAAGGCAAUUUGAAUCUGAUCUACGUGAUCAAUGUUCUACUCUACCUGAACUCAUCUUUAAAUUUUCUACUGUAUUGCGUGUUUAAUCAAAAGUUCAGGCUAGCCACACGUCAGUUGCUCUGGAAAGUUAAAUCCAGUUUACGUAGAUCAACCAGAAAUCCAAGCGGAUAUGUCAGCAAUUCAUGUAACAGCCAGAAAACAUGCUAUUCAACGAAAUUGUAAUGUCCUGCUUUUGACAAUAAGUGGGGAUGUUAAUCAAAAUUAAUUUUAAUGUAAAAACACUGACAGAAUGACAACGCUACCUUUUUUGUUUUGUGAAAAAAUGUUACAUUGCUCCU